GAACGCAGCUACAGGAGCCGCGAAGAGCGCUAUCGCUCUUCAAGAUAUGAUGAGAGGGGAGACAAGGGUGGAAGAGGAGAUCGGGAUGGUGACCGGUACAGUUCGAGAAGAGAUGACCGUCGACGGGAUCGUAGAGACUACGACGAGAGACCGCCUCGUAGGCAUGAUGAAGACAGGCACCGAGGUGGACGAGAAGAAGACCACGGAGGACGCCCUCCUCGGCGUGAACGUGAUGAUGGCCCUCCCGGCCGGAGAGGCGGCCGCGGUCGGGAAAGAGGUGCAAGUGCUGAACGCGACUCACCAAUCCCAGAAGGAACGAUCCCUCUUUCACAGAGAAAACGGAAAGCUUCCGGUUGGGAUGUUCACGCACCAGGCUACGAACAGUAUACGGCAAUGCAAGCCAAGCAGACUGGCUUGUUCAAUUUGCCGGGUGCGAACCGUACGCAGGUUCCACCCAUUCUGAGUGCCCCUGGUCUUCCACCGCCGAUGCCAGUGAAUACAUUUGGUAUGGGUAUGGGUACGGGUAUAAACCCUAACCUGUCCCGCCAAUCUCGUCGUCUCUACAUUGGCAGCAUUACUCCUGAGAUCAACGAGACAAAUCUAGCAGACUUCUUCAAUUCAAAGAUGAAGGAGAUGAAUAUUGGAACAAGUAGCGCCGGUGAUCCUGUCCUCGCUGUCCAGUGUAAUUACGAAAAGAGUUACGCCUUCAUAGAGUUCCGCAGCGCCGAGGAUGCGACGGCAGCCAUGGCAUUUGAUGGAAUUAUUUUCCUCAACGGGCCUUUGAAGAUCCGACGACCGAAGGACUACGGAGGCGUGGAUUUAUCUGCUCCAUCCAACGUUCACGUCCCUGGUGUCGUCUCCACAAACGUACCUGACUCUGCCAACAAAAUUUUCGUCGGUGGUUUGCCGACGUAUCUAAAUGAAGAGCAGGUACAAGAACUAUUAAAGAGCUUCGGAGAGCUGAAAGCAUUCAAUCUUGUCCGGGAGAAUGGGAAUGGCCCAUCCAAGGGUUUUGCAUUCUUCGAAUACGUUGAUCCAGAGGUUACGGACGUAGCAUGCCAGGGAUUGAACGGCAUGGAAUUAGGCGAUCGACACCUUGUCGUUCAACGUGCCUCCAUUGGUGCUAAGCCCGGGCAGCCUGGCAUCCCCAAUAUCCCUUAUGACCAAUUUCCCGAGAUUCCAAAGCCUAUCCUUCCCGCCGGCGAUAUGUCUAACUCGUCUGCACGCAUCCUACUAAUGCUGAAUAUGGUGACGCCAGACGACUUAGUGGACGACCAGGAAUACGAAGAUAUUCUCGAGGACAUUAAAGAAGAAUGCAACAACUUUGGUCGGGUGGAGGAUCUGCGCGUUCCACGACCCGUGAAGAAGGAUAAGUCACGCUGGGCGCCAGGAGAAAGUGGCCAGCAGGCACACAUGGACGCUCAGCGCCAAGAUGAGGCCGCAGGCGUCGGACGUGUUUACGUGAAGUUCUACGACCCAGACGCGGCAGCAGACGCUUUGAAGAGUCUUGCUGGGCGAUCAUUCGCUGGUCGUUCCAUUAUUGCUACUCUCUUGAGCGAGGACAGUCAGACGACUCCGCCUCUCAAUCUAGUUUUCGCACCGCAACCGGAAGCACCUCCACCCUUGCCAGCGUAUUAGUAGCUUUCUUAGCACCAUCUAAUAGCACGCAUGUAUUGACUGGGCAACCCAUCUGCUUACGUUUGUUGAAAAUACUAGUAUAACUCCUGUUUCAGUGUUUGCUGCGUUGUGUGCGCAACUUGCCCACUGUCCAUCGGGCUUAAGAACGUACACAAUGCCGUCCUGCAAGGAAGUCUCCAAGCAAAAACAAGCAGCGCGAGCUGAGGCAAUAGCAAGGUCGAGCAAACGCCUCGAUGCAGAAGGGACUUCUACUCAGAACGACAGUGAAUAUCUCGCAGCAACCGCUGCGGAAAUCGUCAAACACAUUGAAGCUGGCGAGUGGACUGCUUUAGUGGUCGUGUCGGCAUACAUUCGUCAAGCCAUACGCGCUCAUGAAGCGACCAAUUGCUUGACAGAAAUCUUAUUUGAGCAAGCUUUAGAUGAAGCCAAGGCGUUGGAUACCGAAUAUGCGUCAACGAAGCGAUUACGCGGUCCCCUUCACGGUUUGCCCGUAAGCGUCAAGGACCAAUUUGAUAUCACAGGCUAUGACGCGUCGAUUGGUUACACACGAUGGGCGAACAAUCCUUCAGUCACCGACGCUCACGCCGUAAAAGUCUUUCGCGAAUGUGGCGCAGUGAUUAUCGCGAAGACGAAUGUCCCCCAGACCAUGCUGUCUUUCGAGUGUUCGAAUCCCCUUUUCGGGCGGACAACAAACCCGUGGAGCAUCGAUGCAGCACACACCAGUGGAGGCAGCUCGGGUGGAGAGGCUGCUCUCCUCGCGCAAAGUGGGUCUGCACUCGGCCUUGGCUCGGAUGUCGGCGGAAGCCUGCGGAUACCCACAUCAUACUGCGGAGUAUAUUCUUUGAAGACUAGUGCUGGUAGAUUAUCUUGUGACGGCGCGAGAAGUCCUGUCCCUGGUUUUGAAGCUAUCACAACAGUCAUCGGGCCAAUGGCAAGGUCAGUGGAAGACGUCGAGCUUGCAAGCCGUGUUCUGUUUGGAGCGUCCCGUCCGAGCUUUGAGCCACUACCGUCAUUGCCGUAUCAUGAGCCAAUCCUGCCUAAGAAACUCCGGUUCGGCUAUUAUACAUCCGACCUAUUCGUAAAGGCCUCACCGGCAUGCAGUCGAGCAGUUAUGGAAGCCGUGGAGGCACUUCGAAAAGCAGGUCACGAAUGCAUCGAGUUUCAGCCGACGUUGGCCCGGGAGGCUAUGUACCUUUUUGCGGCGCUCACUUCCGCGGACGGCUACAAGGGCCUUUUAGAACAUCUCGGACCUGACCCCAAGGAAAGCAGUUUAUUCCUCGUAACCUUAGGUCCGUCGCUCCCCGGUUUUGUUCGAGCUAUUGCCGCAUGGGUUGCCAGAACGUUUUUGCAUGACGAGGUCUUCGCGUCGUGUCUAGAGUCUUCAAGGGUAAAGAGUACCAAGGAGUUCUUUGAUACAGUUGCUAAGCGCACAGAAUUGCGAAAGCGCUGGUAUGAGCAGGUAUGGGAGAACUUCAAGUUUGAUGGGAUAAUCGCUCCCACUCAAGCUGUGCCUGCUCUUCCGCAUGGUGCAACGACCACACUGUCGCCACUUGCUGCGGGCACGAUCCUUUACAACAUCAUAGAUAGCCCAGUCGGCAUAGUCCCCGUUACCCGAGUCGACCCGAAGUUAGACGCACUCACCGCAGAUUGGGCACAUAAUCCCGAGAAAGGUAGCGGUUCACGCAUCCUAGAAGACGAACUCUAUCGUAAGCGAAACGCUCCUUACGACCCGGUAAAGAUGGCCGGGUUACCUGUCGGCAUCCAAGUUGUCGGGAAAAGCCUUGAGGACGAGAAGGUCAUUGCUAUGAUGAAGAUCGUCGACGAAGCACUUGGUCCGCGGGACUUUGGGCCAAGUGCUUGGUUGCGCAGAACCGCGUGAUUAACGCGGCUUUCAUGUGCGGAUGCUGUUCUUCGCGGAUCGACUCGUGCUUAUGUUUAGCCUGGCUUUGUAUUAUUCUGUGAAUUGAUGGAUCGACAUGAGCCAAGUGCGACGGUCCACAGAAGAGUGGUAGGCACUCGUACUGAUUCAAGAAGAGUCAUGAGGAAGUCCAAGGGGGUAGAUUGCCAGCUUUCGCGUCAAGAGCUCGAAGUGAUCGUCUGGUUCUCUCGCUCUACUAAUACAAGCAAAUCCCACAGCAUUGCUGUAAUAGUAGUGCGAUUGCUAUUGUCUAAGACGAUAUCCAGUGCACAUCCGCAAAUAACAAUAUCCGAUUGACCUUACGGCAA